GCCGAUCACAGCGCGGCCCAGAGGUGGCUGAAGGCGGCGCUCUUCUUCACCGCCGUCGCCCUCCCCCUCGCCUUCCUCUACAAGGAAGCGGUCCCCAUUUCGCCGGCGUUCAGCUCCUUCGACCGGUUAUUUGCCGGCGGAGGUUCGGAGAUGAAUCGGAUCGGUUCGCUGCUUGUUGGCUUUAAUCCGGACGAGCGAUUUAGGUUGGAGAAAGUGUUGAAGAAAGCAGCGAUGGAAGAUAAAACAGUGAUUCUGACCACUCUGAAUGAAGCCUGGGCUUCACCAAAUUCAAUUCUAGAUACUUUUCUAGAGAGCUUCCGCAUUGGUGAAGGAACAAGGAAGCUUCUAGAUCACUUGGUGAUGGUGACUCUUGAUAAGAAGGCAUAUGGUCGAUGCACCUCCAUUCACCCCCAUUGUUUUGCCCUUGUUACAGGGAAAGAAGAUUUUUCAGGAGAAAAAGAUUUUAUGACAGAUGGAUACUUGAAAAUGAUGUGGAGGAGAAUUGAUUUCCUGCGCUUGGUUCUUGAAACGGGAUACAACUUCAUUUUCACGGAUACGGAUAUUAUGUGGUUCCGCAAUCCAAUGCCUAAGUUUCAUCCAGAUGGUGAUUUUCAGAUAGCUUGUGAUCAAUUCAAAGGAGACGAGUCAGAUUUAGCGAACAGACCAAAUGGAGGAUUUAACUAUGUGAAGUCCAACAAUCGAACUAUUGAAUUUUACAAAUUUUGGUACUCAUCACGAGAGAAGCACCCUGGGCUUCAUGACCAAGAUGUGCUUAACAUCAUUAAAUAUGAUCCUUUUAUCAAGGAAUUGGGAUUAAAGAUGGUAUUUCUGAAUACUGCUUAUUUCGGUGGAAUUUGUGAGCCAAGCAGAGAUUUUAAUAAGGUUUGCACCAUGCAUGCAAAUUGUUGUAUCGGUUUGCAUAGGAAGAUCCAUGAUCUUGGAGUCAUGCUUGACAACUGGCGGAGUUUUAUGUCUACACCACCAGCAACGAGGAGAUUCAAAGAACACCAUUGGAGGGUACCGCAAAAUUGUAGUCUCGCUAAACUGCACGGAUAGCACCUGUCCGCUAAUUGUUUGCUGAAGAAGUUAAGACUGGCUAACCCUGCUGAUUCAAAUGUAGAUAAUUUAUGUGCGGUUCAUUGAGAAUAGAAUUUGAAGAUACUGACUUCUACUGAUUCUAUCAAGCACAAGCCACUUGUGUAGUUGUGUAUCUAUUCCACAUUGUUUCAUAGAAACUGACACAAAUAACUGUUCUCUACCAAACGUGGGCGGAACAAAAAAAUCAAAAGCAGAAAGGGGAAAGGAAUAAUGACUAAAAAUACUUUAUGAGAGAUAAUUAUGUUUUUUUUUUUCGAUGUGGCAGCUAUUGAUUUAACUUGUAGAUAACUUAUGUUGUUGAGAUCAAUAAACUUAUGUUGAUUUAACUUGUAGAUAACUUAUGUUGUUUAAUGAAAUGCUCUCCCUGUUCUA